AAGAAUUAUGUAUAUGUCAAGCAAGCUCCUGAUCUCACGCUGCUCUUGGUGUCAGACUUCACUCUUAAGCAGCAAAUAGAAUAGCCGGCCCAAAUUAGCCUUUUUUUUGCGCUAAGAACUCAAAUUAGCUUUUAAGACUGCUUUUCUGCGCAACUAGUUAAGUGAUAGAUCAGAUAACCAUAAAUUAAAGCACCAUUUCCGGAGUUUCGUCCUCUCUCGUAGUCACAGACAGGCCGUACGAUCACUGAUUCCGUCCUUUUUAAGUCCCUCUCGCCUCCUUCCCAUUAGCCCCCAGGAACUAGAUUGAGAGAGUGAGAGAUGGACGCGGCGGUGAAAGGGCGGAAGGCGCCGGCGGAGGUGGGGAUCCAGAUGCCGGAGGCAGCGAAGGUGGCGGCAGCGGCGGACUUGGGGACAAUGAGCGGCCCGCUGGUGCCGGUGACAGGAGGACCAGGCGGUGCCGCCGAGGCCGGGCGGCAGUGGGACGUGGCCGGAGCGGUGGUGCGGGUGGCGACAGUGGUCUCGUCGCUGCUGGCAUUGGCGCUGAUGGUCUCGGCGAAGCAGCGCGGGGAGCUCUCGCUCUUCGGCUUCCAGCUCCCGCUCUACUCCAAGUGGUCCUUUUCCGACUCCCUCGAGUAUCUGGUGGGGAUCUCGGCGGCGGUGGCGGCGCAUUCGCUGUUACAGCUUCUACUCACCAUGAGGAAGCUGGUGAAGAAAGCGCCGGCCAUCCCAUCUCGUCGUCACGCGUGGGUUAUAUUUGCCGGCGAUCAGGCUUUUGCAUAUGCUAUGAUGGCUGCGGGCUCAGCUGCAGCUGGGGUGACCAACUUAAACCGCACAGGGAUCCGGCACACUGCACUUCCAGACUUCUGUAAGCCUCUGCACCGGUUCUGUGACCGCAUGGCUAUCUCAAUCACAUUUGCUUUUAUUAGCUGCCUCCUUCUAGCUAUCUCUGCAAUUCUCGACGUGCUUUGGUUGUCCAGGUACUGAGUGCUUUAAAAUCCCACUUUGCUAUCAUAUCUGUGUUCCAUGUAAAUAUCAACCAAAAAUUAGAGUAUAUGGCUUUGGAUAUUUUGUUCAGAAUGGA